GCCAAACACUCUUUCUUUUGACGUUUCACACCCACCAUUGAUUACUUAUUAUCUUAAACACUCUCCAAAAAGCUCUCACUAUAUCUCUUGCCCAUUGAGUAUCACUUCACCCACUCACUCUUUCUCUCUCUUUCUUUCCCUUCUUUCCUUUCUCUCUUUCUUGCUAGCUAUACCAACCUAUUUCUUUCUCGCCAUGGAUAGAGCUUUGUUGUUGUUUUUUCACGUGUUAUGUUUAUAUCUCCUUCUAGUGAUUACUGCAACACGGGCAGAAGACAAGCUAAUAAAUCUAACCAAGUUAGAAAUGUUUGUUGAUGAGCUUCUCGACAUGCCUAAAAUCCAUGGUUUUGAUGUUGUGAACGGUGUUUUUAAACCCAAGCGGCUUAGGAUUGGCAUGUUCAAGAAGGAAUGGAAAUUCCAUCGGAAUCUGCCUCCAACGCCAGUGUUUGCCUAUGGUGUAUCGAGGCAAAACGCAACCGUCCCUGGUCCAACAAUUGAGGCCAUUCAUGGCGUUGACACAUUUGUGACGUGGAAGAAUCACCUCCCUUCGAAGCACAUACUUCCAUGGGAUCCAACAAUCCCGACUGCUAUACCUUCCACAAAGAAAGGUAUUCCUACUGUAGUGCACCUCCACGGUAGCAUUGGUGAACCUGAGAGUGACGGACAUGCAGAAUCAUGGUUCACCAAUAGAUUUCAAGAGAAGGGACCCACUUGGACGAAGAAAACAUAUCAUUACCUUAAUUUUCAACAACCUGGCAACUUAUGGUACCAUGACCAUGCCAUGGGGUUGACUAGAGUCAACUUAUUGGCUGGCUUGGUUGGAGGCUAUAUAAUUCGCCAUCCUGAUGUUGAGGCGUCGCUUAGAUUACCUUAUGGAGAUGAGUUUGAUCGGACGUUGGUUGUAUUUGAUAGAAGCUUUCGCACUGAUGGUUCAUUAUACAUGAGCUCUACUGGAAAUAAUCCUUCUAUUCACCCGCAAUGGCAACCUGAGUAUUUUGGCGAUGCAAUUAUUGUUAACGGCAAAGCAUGGCCACGUUUAAUUGUACGACGUCGUAAAUAUAGAUUUCGUAUUAUAAAUGCUAGCAAUGCUAGAUUUUUUAGAUUCUUUUUCACCAAUGGUUUAAGGUUCAUCCAUGUGGCAGCUGAUUCUGUAUAUCUUGAAGAGCCGGUUGUUACUGAUAGAACACUCCUCGCUCCAUCUGAAAUUGCUGAUGUGGUUGUUGAUUUUUCAAAGUCAAAGUCUGACACUGUUAUUCUAGCCAAUGAUGCACCAUAUCCUUAUCCAUCUGGGGACCCGGUCAAUGAAGUCAAUGGCAAAGUGAUGAAAUUUAUUAUCAAGAAGGAUCAUGAGGUGGAUACGUGGAAAGUACCAAAAAAAUUAAUAAAAUAUCCUUCUCCAAAAUUAUUUAGUGCAUCGCAAAUACGAUAUAUUGCUAUGUAUGAAUAUACAAGUAAUAUUGACGAGCCAACUCAUCUUUACAUUAAUGGUAAAUCAUACGAUGAGUUGGUCACUGAGACUCCAAAAGAGGGAACCACAGAAAUAUGGAAUGUGAUCAAUCUAACGGAGGAUAAUCAUCCGUUGCACAUUCAUUUGGGAUUAUUUGUGGUGAUGGAACAUACAGGAUUGAUCAAUGUGGAGGAAUUCAAAGCCUGUAUGUCGAAAUUGAACGAUGCAAUUAAGUGCAAAAUAGACAAAUACGCACGGGGCAAGAAGCUAGAGGUGCCGGCCCAUGAGAAAGGGUGGAAGAAUGUGUACAAGAUGACUCCCGGAUAUGUGACAAAGAUUUUAGUGAGAUUUGCUUAUAUACACUCGAAUGUAUCUUAUGCGUUUGAUGCAACCGCCGAGCCUGGUUAUGUCUACCAUUGCCACAUUUUGGAUCAUGAAGACAAUGUCAUGAUGAGACCGUUGAAGUUAAUUCGUUGAGGUGGCGAACUGAGAACAUAUUCCACUGUCUAAAUGGAAGUAAAAUUAAAUAAAAAGGAUGGGAAUCUGCGACUUCAACAACUGGAGAAAUAAGAGGGGACCAGGUGUCAAAUUAAUGUCCCCACGACGUUACCCAUACUACUGCAAAGAAAUACUGGUACAUCACAGGAUAACAGUGGUUUUUUCUGAAAAAGUUUCUGCUUUUUGGCAGUUUAUUAUUGGGGUUCCUCUUUUCUUAAACUGAGGGCAACAUUGAUUAAGGAAAUGUAAACAGACUCUGCGUUUCAUGAACAAGGCUUUGUUGGGGACGAAUGAUGUGUGUUGAAUUUCUUACGUAUCUAAUUUGGUACCUGCAAUGCAUAUUUGGUAGGAAUUUAAUCA